GUCCUGAGAUGCUGGGGGUCGUGAUGGAGCGUAGUUCUUCAAGAAACAAGAUACAAGGGACAUGGAGUGACAGAGGGUCUGACAUCGCCGAUGACAGGUCUUAUCAGCAGAUAUCACCGGACAGAAGAGUAGACAUAAGGCUUUCACGGGCACCAUCACUCAGUGACACCAGUGCUGCUGGUGCUGUCGCCGCUGUGGCUGAUGAGAUAUCUGAGCCAACCAGUGGUCGCCAAGAGAAUCAUACUUUCGAUAUGCAGUUGUCAAGCGGCAGUGAAUCCGAUGAGAAGGCUGUGUUGAAGGAUGUGGAAGUGGUAUCCAAGCAGAGAUUGUCAGCAGAGAGCGAAGUACCUGAGGUGGUGAAAGUGGAGGAUGAUACGUCUUCGAAACGAGAUGGAGGCACGGGCAAUGCAGUGGAGAAUGGAGGCUUCAGGAGGAUUGACAGGGAGGUAUCACCACAAGUACAGGAUGUGCGUGCAGGCAGAGCCAUGUCUCGGGAGAAUGGCAGUGUUAGCGAUGGGGGUAGAGAGCCGGAAGUCUCCAGGGGUGGUCUUGAGAGAGGUCUCUCCAUAACCGCUGGUUCUCUUGGAAGUAUGAAUGGACCUCCAAAGGAUGAGGUGGCUGCAGCAAGGGAGCACAGGUUACAUCAAGACCUAGAUGAGGCAAGAGGAUUGUUGAGGUCUGCAGCAUCAGUUGGGCAGUCCAAAGAAGCGCGACUUGCCAGGGUUUGUGAAAGGUUGCAGGCAAGGGUUCAGGAGCUGAAGGCAGAGAAUGCACAGCUUGAGGAAAUGCUUCACACACAGAAUGACAAGAGUGGAUCUGCACAUGAGAAAGUGAGGCAGCUGGAGCAAGAGCUAAUGUCAAGACGAUCGGCACUUGUGGCAAUGGAGAUGGAAAUAUCCCGCGCCAUAGAGGAGAAGAAUGCCGAAAUACAGAGCAUGGCAGUAGCUCUGGAAGCGGCUAAAAAGCAAGCAACUGCAGCAGAAGGAAAACUGGCAGUUAUGCAAAUCAGUACGGAGUCGGCAGUUAGGGACAGAGAGCUAAGCGAGGCAAGGAUACAACAGGCUUUACGGGAGCAGUUGGUGGCUGCUGAGAGGAGGGCUGAGGAUGAGAGGGAAGCUCAUGCGGCCACAAGGCAGGCGGCAGGGCAACGGGAGGCAGAGUUGGAAGCACGCGUGACUGAAGGAGCAGCUGCCUUGACGAAAAUGCAGAGGCUUGUGGAUGAACGGAAUGAGAAAAUGGCAACAUUGGAGCACAAGAUCUCAAUGCUAGAGGUUGAAUGCGCGACAUUGAAUCAGGAGCUACAAGAUGCUGACAGUAAGCUGAGGAGAGAGCAAAAGAAGGUUGAAGCAAGCGAGAAAAACCAGGCGUCUCAGGUGGAUGUAUUAAUCGAGGAAUCUGGAAAAGCACGGCGAGCCCAGAGGGAAGCGGAGGCAAAACUGUCAACAAUGGAGGCAGAGACGGAAAAGCUGCGCAACGAACUCGCAAAGGCUAGAAGAGAAGCUGGGAGCUCGUCGGUACAGGCUCAUGCGGAGCUGGAAAGGCGAUUUCGGGAGCUCACAGAGCUUUUGUAUUUAAAGCAAACCCAGUUGGAAGCACUGUCCAGCGAGAAGGCAGCCCUUCUACUCAAGCUUGAGAAAGAGGCUCGGCGUGCACGAGAAGCGAAGGCCCAGGUAGAGCGCGAUCAAUCAAUCAGGAGGCAUAUGCUCCUCGACGAUGAUGAGGCUGACAUGAAGAUGUUUGAGUUUUCGGCUAACCGAUUCUCAGGUGUUCGCCCGGGUAUUCGGACGGCUGCGAAGUACCUGGAUUUUGGUGCUGUGUCAGCGGGCAAGUUUUUGUGGCGACGGCCCCAAGCAAGAUUAGGUGUCUUAUUCUAUCUGCUACAGGAAAAAGCAGAUAUGUCGCUCACAGUUGCCUUGAAAGCGGCGGAGGCGGCAUCAGGGUUGGUCAAGCCAUGAUGUGUGGAGUAUAAUCACUGGGGGAGAACUUUUCGGUACAGCUCUGUUCUUCAGAAAAUGCACGAGAGUUAGGUGGUGUUUUGUUGAUGCCUGCGCAUUGUUACCAAGUGGCAUGGCUUGGGCUCAUCUGCAGCUGGUCGGCAUGCAUGGAAGGCGGAGUGACACAUAGAAGAUCAUACGGGCGAGGCAUAGAGGGCAUGCAGAAGGUGACCCACGUUGGCUGCUUUGAGGUACGUGUGGACGAUCACAUUAAUGAUUUUUCUUACCUCGACGCAGACAGUGUUUGAAUGGUCAUCACCUCACAAGAGAUGAAUAGAGCUGCCUGCCCUCAUCAUUGAAGGCAGGUGAGCUGAACAACUGUUGUGUGUUCAGAAAAUGGUCAAUCGCGCAUUCGGACAUGAUUGGGAAUCGUGAUGGAAUGCGAUGACGUGAUUCAAACGUGGUAAACUCCAAAAGUCACAGUAAGAUGUAGUCAUCACAGAUGAUGCCAGGUUCUUGUUGCUGGGGGGUUGGGAUUCGCUGAUGAUUGACAAAGCUAGCUGUACAGUCACCAUCGACAAUGCCAUGUUCCGGUUUGCGGCGAACUCAAAUCAACAGGAGAGAUCAUACAUGCAGCGUAUCCCCUGCAGCCACAGGACCAGCCUGCUGCUGCAGGACAUCAAGGGUGUUGAUCAUGUUAAAGGAUGGUCGUAAGGAGUCGUACGACCAAAGGAAAUCCGUCCCCAUGAGAAGAAGAGGCUCAAGGUGUUGCAGUGCAAAGAAGUUAGAUGUCGCUUCCGUCCAGGCGUAAGGUUCAUCCACUCAUGUAACUGCUACAAGCCCUUGAUGGAUUCGGCUGCUGUGGAGAAAAGCCGUCCAUGGCCAUCCACUCAUAUGCAGCUUAAAUUUUAUUAUUGGUUAAUUGUUGAACACAUAUGUAUCCUUUUGCCGGCUACAAGACGCUCUAUUUGGUAUACCCAUGGUUCGUUUCCAAGCAUUUCAUUUUGACUGGUUAUGUAGAACUGUAUGCGAGAUGCCCCGUUUGACAGAAGGCGAGCGUUUGGAUCUGCUGCCGCAGUUUGGGAAUAUUAGACUUGUCUGCCACCUGUUACCUGUUGGGAGAUUGCCGAUAUGCUCAGUCUUGGCAUCCUAGUCGACUGCUGAUGCAGAGUUGUCCCCCGCUGAAACAGGCUAGUCCCCUGCCGAACCCACUUAUCCCCUGACAAAGCAGGCUAGUCCCCUGCCAUCUCAGGCCCGUCCCCUGCCGGACCAGACUAGUCCCUAGCGGAGGCAGCUUGUCCCCUGCCAAACAAAACAGGCGAGUCCUCUGCUGAGGCAGCUUGUCCCCUGCAGAAGCAGGCUUGUCCUGUGCUGAGGCAGGCUAGCCCCCUGCUCCAUAGCCAAAGCAGGCUGGUCCUCCACUGACAGCUUUUCCCCUACAGAAGCAGGCUUGUCCUGAGCUGAGGCAGACUAGCCCCCUUUUCCGCUCCUGAAGCGGGCUAGCUCUCCUCUGAGGCAGGUUGUCCCCCUGUGCUGAGGCAGGCUCGCUACCUGUUCCGCUGCCGAAGCAGGCUAGCCCUCUGCUGAGGCAGCUUGUCUGCAUGUGCUGUGGCAGGCUAGCGACCUGCUCCCCGUGCUGAAGCAGGCUGGUCUUCGCCCGAGGCAGCUUGUCCCCUGCAGAAGCAGGCCUGUCCUGUGCUGAGGCAGGCUAGCCCUAUGCUGCGCAACAGUGAUGGUAUCUGCGACUUCACCGCUUGAGAACGAGCCAGACUGUACAAUGAUCAGCUUCUUAUGUCUGCUUAUACCCCUUGAGUCUUGACCAAUUUGGCAAACAUGCGCUUGGUGUACUGAAGGACUGCCGCAUUAUAAUUUGUGCCUCAAGGGUUGAAACCGUGCGUCUACCUGUGCGAGGGAGGCCACAGUCUGUACCCUUUCAAGUCUGUACAUAUGCUUGCAGACUCUG